UGAGGCUGAGCUGCAAACGUGGUAUGCAGAUCGCUGUGUACUCUGCCAUGUUUGGCCGAACUCAGCAGGGCACGCUGGAGUGUCCCCUGCACCACAGGAGGGCCCUGUCAGUAGACUGCCAGUCGUCUGUGGCUCUGCAGGUUCUGACUGCGCGCUGUCAGGGCAAGAAGAGCUGUCUGGUUCAAGCCUCCACCAGAGACUUUGGAGAUCCGUGUUACUCGGGAACCAGGAAGUACCUCAGUGUCAUCUACACCUGUGUUCCAAAGAAGUUGCUUCAGGAGCAGGGUUCCAGACCACCGGUGCACUCCCCACCAGCCAGUGCCCAUGAUCCCAAUAUAGUGGGAGACGGUCCUCCGGAUGGGAGCUCAGUCACUGUUCCAGAUAAUAAGAAGAUAAGGGAGACAAAACACACCGAGAAGAAGUCUUUAGACAGCGGAAGACAAGGAGGACAAAGUCCACUGUGGCCCAGAGGCAUGAAUCCCAUCAACUCCGCUUCUAGCACCAAUAUGACCUUCAUCAGCAAUGCACUGGCAGCCUAUACCUACAUAUCAGACCACCCAGAGAGGGCAGCGCUCUUCUUCAUCUGUGGUGUGUGUUUGGGCCUGUUCCUCACACUCUUCGCCCUGGUGGUCCAGAUCUCCUGUCGCACCGACUGCCAACCCCGCCAGCGACCGCCUGCCAAAAAACGAGCACGUCCUGCUGACUCGUCCUCCGAUUCCAGCGAUUCAGACUCGGAAUGGGACAACACUUCAGAUCUGUCAGCACGCCGACAUCGGCGCUUUGAGCGCACACUUAACACAAAUGUGUUUACGUCAGCAGAAGAGCUGGAAAGAGCACAGAGACUUGAGGAGCGAGAGAGAAUCAUCCGAGAGAUCUGGAUGAAUGGUCAACCGGACAUCCCUGGGACACGGAGCCUCAAUCGGUAUUAUUGAGCACCACUAAGAGUCUUUUGAUAGAACAGAAAUCAGGACACACUUGGGUUGGGAGGAACAAGACACAUGAUGAAACUUUAUAAGCAAGCAUGCAACAGUGGAAGGUUUCAGAGACUUGUGCAGAAACCCUUUCCUUCUUGCUGGUUUGCAUAUGGCAUACCCCAUUCAGUAAGAGAAUAAGCUCCCCCUCUGCAUGAAAAGCUCACCUGUUUAUUCCAGAAGUAAGGGGUGGAAGGCUACACUGCCUUGCCCGCGACCUCAGCAGGCUUUUUUGAAGUGAGGAUUUAUGGUUUAGCUACUUUACACACACAGGCCCAUAGAGGCUACUUGGUAAGUGAAAGACCAAGGCCUAGGAUGGGUCUGUUUUACCCAGAAGAUGGGGCAGCUGCAAAAGACACAUGAAGCUUUCAGCUCAGUACCCUCCAGUAUUUAAAUGUGGACGUGAGCGAGGGCCAGCGUAAAGCAGAAAGAAAUGUACUGGAUGAGGGGACACUGACAGACUAUCUUUCAGCAGUGUACAACUAUGCUGCCUUUUUACCUUUGUAAAACCAAAAGAUAAAUUUUGUGGAAUUCAUCUCAGCCCUUAUGAAAUCUAUAUUUUAAUAUUUAAUAGUUUGUGGAUGUUGUGUAUUUUUGUUGUCAAGUCUGGUUUUAUUAUGAGAUAUUUUUAUACUUGGCAAAGGCUGUCUGGCACCUCAGGGAUACAAUCCUAGUGUUUCUGUUUUUGGUUGAUGUAUUUGCCUCCUAAGAAAUGGAUCAGCUCAUUUAAACAGCUAUGUCAGCAUUUAAAGAAAAGAAAAGUAUCGUAAAGAGCCUCAAAGAGGUUUUAGUGAUUUUACCUUAUUUUUGAUACAGUAUGUUUAAAUCACAGUGCAGUGCCUUAUCUAGCUAUUAAGUCACUGUUGUCAAGAGAACAGCUGGUGUAUCACUCAACUGGCCAAGUGGAAAAACUGAAUUUGUCUUAUCUCUUAUGUUUUGCCAUCACCGCUUUACUAAUGUGAACCAGGUGUAAAACCUGAAUACGUCUGUCAAACAUUGCACUUGCGAUCUCCCCAGAUAUAAAUUAAUGUGAUAAAGCUAUGCCGAUUUUGUACCAGCGACAAAUGAUUUUUUUCACUCAUAGAAAACUUCAAAAUUUCAGGUCUUGUGCUUAUAUUUCAAAAAUAGUGGCGCUAAACAGAUGCGCGUGGUAAUCACUGCUCAUGGCCAUCUGAAGAAGGAACCAGCACUGCAGAAGUGUUCACAGUGAGCAUGCAAAUUUUAUCUCCUAAAUCAUGUUGCCAGUGUAAUAGUAUAAGCUAUUGACAGUCUGGUUCUGUUUGAGCUGCCCUGGAUUCAAGCAUAGAAUUAAUUAUAGUUUCCAUAAGAAGCUUGGUAUUUUUCUGACAGAGUUUGAGUGUGUGGGACAUAUUAUGGUCAUCUCCAUAAGGACUGCUGCUCUGUUUUGUUUUUUUAUAAACCCAGUUCUUGUGUUUAGACAUGAACAAGGUUAAAAAUGUGCCAGUAGCUGGUUAAGUGAGAGACCACAAUAUAACUCCUGUGCUUGGAAUAAACUGUUCAAAAAUAACCUGUCUACUCAUGUUUUUUU